CGACUGAGAAAAAACCGCCGGCGUCAAACAGAUGGGAAAACAUCCGCGCGCUUCACGACCGUUACCGCGCAGAGGUUAACCGUCAAAACUCAACGGUCGACGACACCAAACUUCGGUCCGUCCAAAAGACUUCUGGACCGAGGACUUGAGGACAUUCGACGCCUGAUACGACUGAUAAAGGCAGGGUGGGCCAUGCCAUUCAGCUGUUUAAAACCUGGUGAAAAGAAGGACUACAGCAGUCCUACAGAAAUCACAGACAAAUAUGAUCUGGGGCAGAUUGUUAAAUCGGAGGAGUUCUGUGAGAUCUUCAGAGCAAAGGAUAAGAACACGCUGAAAAUGUACACCUGCAAAAAAUUCCUCAAAAAAGAUGGAAGGAAAGUGAGGAAGGCUGCGAAGAAUGAGAUUGUUAUCCUGAAGAUGGUGAAACACCCUAAUAUCCUCCAGCUGGUGGAUGUCUAUGAGACGAGGAAAGAGUACUACCUCUUCCUUGAGCUAGCUACAGGUCGAGAGGUGUUUGACUGGAUAUUAGAUCAAGGCUAUUACUCUGAGAGAGACACCAGCAAUGUGAUCAGACAGGUGAUGGAAGCUGUGGCUUACCUACAUAGCCAGAAGAUUGUUCAUAGGAACCUAAAGCUUGAGAAUCUCGUGUACUACAACCGACUGAAACAUUCGAAAAUAGUCAUCAGUGAUUUCCAUCUGGCAAAACUAGAAAAUGGACUCAUCAAGGAGCCCUGCGGAACCCCAGAGUAUCUGGCCCCAGAAGUUGUUGGGAGACAGAGAUACGGGCGACCUGUGGACUGCUGGGCUCUUGGUGUGAUCAUGUACAUACUGCUUUCUGGAAAUCCUCCAUUCUAUGAUGAAAUGGAUGAAGAUGAUUAUGAAAAUCAUGACAAGAACCUCUUCCGGAAGAUUCUGGCUGGAGACUACGAGUUUGACUCUCCAUACUGGGAUGACAUUUCAGAAUCCGCUAAAAAUCUAGUGUCACGUCUUAUGGAGGUAGAUCAGGACCAGAGACUAACUGCUCAAGAGGCCAUCAGCCAUGAAUGGAUUUCAGGAAAUGCCGCAUCAGACAAGAACAUAAAAGAAAACGUGUGCGCCCAAAUCGAGAAGAACUUUGCAAAAGCAAAGUGGAAGAAAGCCGUACGAGUCACGACCAUGAUGAAGCGUCUGAGGGCACCAGAGCAUCAGACAACAACAGCGACCGUACCGGGUGCGAACCCCGCUGCAGGGACCCAGGAAAACCCUCAGGCUCCACCAGAGGCCUCUGCGGCCGCAUCGAAUAUAGCUGCAAGUGCAGAGCCGCCCGGUGCUGGAGCUCUUUGCACCAACCCAGAAGCGGCAAAAGAUGCCACCGCGUCCUUGGUUUCCGAACAGCAAGAUCCCACAUCGCGAUGCAACGGAGACACUUCAUCCACCCUGCCGUCAGCCACAGACACCAGUGAAGAACCAAGCGGUUAAGCGCGCUACCUCUCACACUUUUUGAUCCAGUUUUGAUCCUGCACACUGUACAUAAGCAGCUAGCAUGCUAAUACCGAAUCCACAGCACAUCACACACUCUUUAAAGAGUUGGGAACAUUGCAAACAUCUGUUUUUUACUGAUCCACAAAGGUGUGACUCGUGUUGAAGGCUUUGACCACUUUGCUAAUCUUGCUUAAAAAGAAAAAAGCUGUUUUAUGCUUACAUUAAGCCAGGAUUGGGAAUUUUAGCACAGAUCUGCUUAUAUGUUUCAGAAAAGAUUAUCAUAGCAGACGUUUAUAAAAUUCAUUUUCUAACGUAUUUCAUACCAUUUUUGUUGGCCAAAAUAUUGCUAUAUCCCUUCUAAUCUGUGUACCACCUGUCUUUCACCAGCCAGGUGAUGUCACCAACGGCCUCAAAAUCACAUUUCAUUUCAGUCAGAUGUUUUUCAAGUGUAUAGUUUCUGUAAAUAGCUUACUAACCUUUGUAGAUUAGACAACGCCAAGACCAGCAUGCUUUUUCAAAUCUAGCUUUUCGAAAGCCAGUACAUCUAGCUUUGCCUUUACGCGGACAUGUCAUGGCUUGAUCAAACACACUGUUGGUUUAUAUGUAAAAUACUUUUGCAGCAUUCUGAAGCAACAAAGGCGACCACAUUAAUCUUGUAAAACUAAUGGUUAAGACAUGUGGCCCAAUAAAUGGAGCAGAGUAGGUAAAUGUACCAAAUACCUCGAAACUGCUUGGUAGCUUUAGCCACAUGAACAGUGAUGUGUUCAUAUAAUGUAUUAUAAAGCCAUUGGCACACGUUGUACAUGUUUUAGAUAAUAUAACGGUCCAUUGUAAAGUAUAUACGCACACAUAGUGAUGUUCAUUUAGCUGGUUUUCAUACAUGCGCCGUCAGAAAUAAAUGGUCAAAAAAUGGUCCCACGUUGUCACAGGGGCAGUACCCUUUAAAAAGCUAUUUCGGUACAGAUAUGUUUACAUUUGGUAAACAAUAUGUAUCUUUGAGGUACUAAUAUAAACUCUUUAAUUUAGUUCUUUUAAAGGGAGCCAACUUAGUAACCGCUAGGGACAAUUUUUUAACCAUUUUUUCUGACAGGUGUUUUAAUGUACUUAAAAAACAGAGGUCAUUUGUUGGUUGUAAUAUUUACUUAUAGUCAUAUAAUUUCUUCUCUUUAACUUUCCUUUAAUAAGCCAUGAUGCAUUUAAAUAUAGUUUUAGAUAUAUUAAAUAUUAUUCAUUAUUUAUCACACACUUU